AUGGAUUGGCCGCACAACCUGCUGUUCCUUCUUACCAUCUCCAUCUUCCUGGGGUUGAGCCAGACCAGGAACCCCAAAGGCAAGAGGAAGGGGCAAGGGCGGCCUGGGACCCUGGCCCCUGGGCCUCACCAGGUGCCACUGGACCUGGUGUCACAGGCGAAACCGUACGCUCGCAUGGAGGAGUAUGAGAGGAACCUUGGGGAGAUGGUGGCCCAGCUGAGAAACAGCUCUGAGCCAGCCAGGAGGAAGUGUGAGGUCAACCUGCAGCUGUGGCUGUCCAACAGGAGGAGCCUGUCCCCCUGGGGCUACAGCAUCAACCACGAUCCCAGCCGCAUCCCUGCGGACCUCCCGGAAGCACGGUGUCUGUGUCUGGGCUGCGUGAACCCCUUUACCAUGCAGGAGGACCGCAGCAUGGUGAGCGUGCCCGUGUUCAGCCAGGUGCCCGUGCGCCGCCGCCUCUGCCCGCCGCCGCCACGCACGGGGCCCUGCCGCCAGCGCGCGGUCAUGGAGACCAUCGCUGUGGGCUGCACCUGCAUCUUCUGA